AUGGACAGUGACACGGAGCAGCAUGGUUUGCGCUUUAGUGAGGCACAAUACCAUCAAUCCGGCCGCAUUUCUAAUAAGGAGGAUGGUUUAUCAAGUGAUGAACCAAAAGGGGAGACAUUCACAUUUGGGCCGGAUGAAUCCACAGAUUGUCUACGUUACAAGGGAAAGAAGUAUGAAGACCUACAAUUUUCAGAUUUCAACGGAAUUUUGUUUCGUUCAGUUGAUGACGUUGAGAGAUUUUAUGCAUACCACUCAAUUGCAAAGGGUUUUUCCGUAAGGAAAAGCAAAUCUGACAAGGACCGUGAUGGUGAUAUUUUAAGAAGAUCACUUUGUUGUUCUAAGGAGGGGUGGCAUACGGUUAACAAUCCAAAUAAGCAUACAAAAGUGUACGGGAGUGCCCCCUCUCAAGUCACCAACAAUGUACAACCUGCAAUUAAGAGGAAGGUUACUAGAUGCGGUUGUCCAGCACGCCUAACUGUCAUUCGGUGCAAGAUACAGUUUGAUACCGACCACAACCAUGUUCUUGUUCCUAAGGAAAUGGUUCAUUUUCUGAGAUCUAACAGGAUGGUUGGAGAACAUGCAUAUGCACAAGUUAGUUCUUUGAAAAAAGUUUCCGUUCUGACUUGCCGCGCUUAUGACUUAUUGGUUGACCAAGCUGGGGGAUAUACAUAUGUUGGCUUCAAACUAAAGGAUUUGUACAACCACCAAGAUUCCGAAAGGAGAGAACUAUUGGUUGACGAUGACGCUCAAGUUGGCAUUAGCUUCAUGAAUCUGAAAGCGUCCCAUGAUCCCCAUUUUUACUGUUACUUUUGUGUUGAUCAAGAAGGGCGGCUGGCAAAUCUUUUCUGGAGAGACUCAAAGUGUCUUGUUGACUACAACAACUUUGGCGACAUUCUGAUAAUGGAUAGCACUUACAAGACAAAUAUGUAUGGAAAGCCAUUAGUCGUUUUUGUGGGAGUUAACAAUCAUUGA